AUGAAACUGCCACACUUCAAAUUAUAUUUAUCUCUCAUUCCAUUUUUAGGAUAUGUUAAGAUAUCUGAGUUACCAUCUGACUUCCGAUAUGAUAUGGAAUGGCCCAUUAAGAAAAUUCCUUUAAAUCGAACGGGUUAUGGCAUCGAAGAUCAUGCAGGAAAUGCAAUUGAGCCAUUGACUGACAGAAUUUUGGGACGAAAAGAAAGAGAUCAAUUGUUACCAGAAACUCAAAAAUUCUCACUAGAAUUGAUAUCUCCGGAAAACAAUAGACAGGUUUACAUAUUUGAAAUAAUCGAAGUUGUCCCGAAUCAGAUAAUCCGCAAAAAAAUCAUAAGUUUAAGUUAUUGUCAUGAAGAGGUAAAAGGUUCUGUAACUGCAAUUUGCGAUGUUAAAGAAUACUUAUUAACUUGCGUUGGACCAAAGAUAUUUAUACGUGCUUUCGAAGAUAACGAUAGACUAAUUAGUGUGGCGUUCAUAGACAUUCAAAUUUACGGCAAUAGCGUUGUUUCUGUUAAGGACUACAUAUUAUUGGGAGAUGUAUACAAGAGUGUUUGGUUUUUUGGAUUCCAGGAAGAAACCAGCAAAAUUAAUAUUGCAGAUAUGGAUAAAAAUAUCCACGUAUUUCAAUACGCACCAUAUAGUGUUCAGUCUUUUGCGGGACAAAAACUUAUCCGUCGUGGUUAUUUUCAUAUUGGAGGUUCGGGAUUUUGGAAGAAGAGAUUAGCGGAAAGAUAUUACUUUGUUUAUGUGGAACUCUUGAUGUAG